GCCGGGCUGUGAGGUGGCAGCGGCUGCAGCGGCGGAGCCGGCGCCUCGGCUGGGCAUUGGGGUUUGUUUCCCCUUCCCCCUGCAGGGGCGACAAGGGCGCCGCUUCCGAGGACAGGAGCAGGUCCCACCCCCGCGCCCUCGCCCCUGCUCCCCAGGACGGUGCCGGCCGCGUGGGCCACACCUGGGCCGCCCUUUACCGGUCCGCCGCCUCCCUCGGCCCCGCUGCAGGGCCUCCCUCGGUGAGGUGUGCCUGCUGUCCUUCGUCCGCUGGCUCGGGCAGGGCCUUCCCCCCCCCCCCCCCCGAAGGGCCUGAUAACGGGGCCUUGGCCCUACGCCCCCAGCCGCGAACCUCCAUCACCUCCGCCGGAACAAACGCAGCCAGGUCCCCCAGCUCCUCCUCGACAGUUCUGUGACGCAGCCCGUUUUGUUUCUGUUUGGGGACUAACAGCUAAAACUUGCAUUGGGCCGCCUUUCUAGGACUAGAAUUGGCCUUUGAUCGCCGAGAGGUAGAUAGAGCAGAGGCUCUGGUCCUUGGCAGCGGUCACCUCCCAAGCCAGCCCAGCCUCCGUUCGUUUUCGCAGGAUCCUGGUGCUAUCUCCCACUGCUUCUCGUCUUCCCACUCUGGUUUGGCUUGGGUACCUGGGGCCCUGGUAAAACCAGACACCGAAUUGCUGUUACACAGCCAGAGUUACUGUCGCUUGCUCCCUGUCUCUACUCACAGGAAAGUGGUCAGCACCAGCCUCUCAGCAGCUGGGGUUCAGAGAAUGUCCCGCAAAAUGGCUUCAUCAGCCAUUGUGCUCCUCUGAGAGGCACCCAGUGCCGAGUCACCCUGUCUGUCGACCUCGUUUGGGUGGGCAGACCUGCGUCCCAGGCCAGGGGCUCCUGACGGCUCCCACCUGGGAGGAAGGGUAACUCUAGCUGCGGUUUCCUUAACACUCAGGAGUAGAGUAGAAAAAGGCCCUUCACCCUUCCCUUGUGCUCGCCUUCAGUAGCUAGUCAGCAACCACUUGGGUGAAUUGAGUGAGCCACGGGCCCCCAGCCUGGCGCUCUUCGACAGAGGCCUGCGGAUGCAGGCUCUUGAACUUGGGGCUGUCGCUUCUUGAUUAGCCUCUGCUGUCUCCACUUAGAUCCCGUCUGCAGAUGCGUGUAGUCCUUCUUUCUGGGCUAGACUUGUCAGGAUUGAGUUGUGUUUCCUCAUCCUUCUGGAAGACAGACCAUAAUCACGUUAGUGGGUGAAAUUGACUCUAAUAGUUACUGCUAUUUAGACUAAGGGUUCAAUCUGGCACCUUGAGGACUAGAGCCCAGGCAUAGGCUUCCUGGGGAUGCCGGGCCUGGCAGCAGAUCCACCUUGCUGUGCCGUUGACCUCAUUGGCCCCGGGCUUCCUGGGUAAAACCUUAGGUCUGCCCCUGGCCGGCUGCCCAUCAUCCUGAUUGACCCUUGAGGCGGUCCCCUCUGGGGCAUACACGUGGCAGGGCCUGCCACCAUGCGCCUGAGCUCCUUGUUGGAUCUGCUGCGCCCGGCGCUGCCCCUCAUCCUCGGGCUAUCUCUGGGGUGUAGCCUGAGCCUCUUGCGGGUCUCCUGGAUCCAGGGUGAGGGAGAAGAUCCCUGUGUAGAGGCCGUGGGGGGGCCCGGAGUGCCACAUAAUCCAGACUCAAGAACUGGACUCGACCAAAGUGAUGAAGACUUCAAACCCCGGAUUGUCCCUUACUACAGGGAUCCCAACAAGCCCUACAAGAAGGUGCUCAGGACUCGGUACAUCCAGACAGAGCUGGGUUCCCGGGAGCGGUUGCUGGUGGCUGUCCUGACUUCCCGGGCCACCCUGUCCACUCUGGCUGUGGCUGUCAACCGCACGGUGGCCCACCACUUCCCUCGAUUACUGUACUUCACGGGGCAGCGAGGGGCCCGGACUCCUACAGGGAUGCAGGUUGUGUCUCAUGGGGACGAGCGGCCAGCCUGGCUCAUGUCAGAGACCCUGCGCCACCUCCACACGCACUUUGGGGCCGACUACGACUGGUUCUUCAUCAUGCAGGAUGACACGUACGUCCAGGCCCCCCGCCUGGCGGCCCUUGCUGGCCACCUCAGCAUCAACCAAGACCUGUACCUGGGCCGAGCAGAGGAGUUCAUUGGCGCCGGCGAGCAGGCCCGGUACUGCCAUGGGGGCUUUGGCUACCUGCUGUCGCGGAGUCUCCUGCUUCGACUGCGGCCACAUCUUGAUGGCUGCCGCGGGGACAUCCUCAGCGCCCGGCCCGAUGAGUGGCUCGGCCGCUGCCUCAUCGACUCCCUGGGCAUCGGCUGUGUCUCACAGCACCAGGGGCAGCAGUAUCGUUCAUUUGAGCUGGCCAAAAAUAGGGACCCUGAGAAGGAGGGGAGCUCGGCUUUCCUGAGUGCCUUCGCCGUGCACCCCGUCUCCGAGGGAACCCUCAUGUACAGGCUCCACAAACGCUUCAGCGCUCUGGAGCUGGAGCGGGCGUACAGCGAGAUAGAGGAGCUGCAGGCUCAGAUCCAGAACCUGACCGUGCUGACCCCGGAGGGCGAGGCAGGGCUGAGCUGGCCCAUUGGGCUCCCGGCCCCUUUCACGCCACACUCUCGAUUUGAGGUGCUGGGCUGGGACUACUUCACAGAGCAGCAUACCUUCUCCUGCGCAGACGGGUCCCCCAAGUGCCCCCUGCAGGGGGCGAGCAGGGCAGAUGUGGGCGACGCCGUGGAGACGGCCCUGGAGCAGCUGAACAGGCGCUACCAGCCCCGCCUGCGCUUUCAGAAGCAGCGGCUGCUCAACGGCUACCGGCGCUUCGACCCGGCGCGGGGCAUGGAGUACACCCUGGACCUGCUGCUGGAGGCCGUGACGCAGCGCGGCCACCGGCGGGCCCUGGCCCGCAGGGUCAGCCUGCUGCGGCCCCUGAGCCGUGUGGAAAUCCUGCCUAUGCCCUACGUCACCGAGGCCACCCGCGUGCAGCUGGUGCUGCCACUCCUGGUGGCCGAAGCCGCCGCCGCCCUCGCUUUCCUCGAGGCCUUUGCGGCCAGCGUCCUGGAGCCACGAGAGCAUGCGCUGCUCACGCUGUUGCUGGUCUACGGACCUCGGGAAGGUGGCCGAGGGGCCCCAGACCCGUUUCUUGGGGUGAAGGCCGCAGCGGCCGAGUUGGAGCGGCGGUACCCCGGCACCAGGCUGGCCUGGCUGGCCGUGCGCGCAGAGGCCCCUUCGCAGGUGCGGCUCAUGGACGUGGUCUCGAAGAAGCACCCCGUGGACACGCUCUUCUUCCUCACCACCGUGUGGACCCGGCCCGGGCCCGAGGUCCUCAACCGCUGCCGCAUGAAUGCCAUCUCCGGCUGGCAGGCCUUCUUCCCGGUGCAUUUCCAGGAGUUCAACCCCGCCCUGGCUCCCCAGAGGUCGCCCCCGGGGCCGCCGGGGGCUGGCCCCGACCCCCCGUCCCCUCCCGGUGCCGACCCUUCCCGGGGGGCUCCCACGGGCGGCAGGUUCGACCGGCAGGCUUCCGCGGAGGGCUGCUUCUACAACGCCGACUACCUGGCGGCCCGAGCCCGCCUGGCCGGGGAACUGGCAGGCCAGGAAGAGGAGGAAGCCCUGGAGGGGCUGGAGGUGAUGGAUGUUUUCCUCCGGUUCUCAGGGCUCCACCUCUUCCGGGCCGUGGAGCCAGGGCUGGUGCAGAAGUUCUCCGUGCGGGACUGCAGCCCCCGGCUCAGCGAGGAGCUCUACCACCGCUGCCGCCUCAGCAACCUGGAGGGGCUGGGGGGCCGCGCCCAGCUCGCCAUGGCUCUGUUCGAGCAGGAGCAGGCCAACAGCACCUAGCGCGGCCCGGCCCCACCCCUGCGCGGGGCUCCCCUCUGCGCCGCGGCCCCGGGCCGGGCGAGGCAGGACGGACGGACAGAUGGAGAGCUUGUUGCUGUAUUUUUCUUUUUAAUAAGAAAACGUUAUUAAAAGUGUCUUCUGCCAAA